AUGACGUCUGUGCUACCGGCUUGGAAGUUAGAACUUAUACAAAAGAAGAAGCUAAAAGAACAAGGUGAACGACAGAAACUCGAAGAUGAAAGAUCAAGAAAAGUGUCCAUUCCGGAGUGGAAAAGAUCUUUGUUAGAAAAAAAGAAGGAAGGCGCUAACGAUUCGCCGGAAACGAAAGAACAAGCUCAAAGUGUCAACAGCGUUUUUGGGCCCAGAAUUAUAAGAAAGACGUCCGAAAAGACCAUAGCGAUUGUGAAUGCCAGCCAAAGGCCUGAUGCUAAAGCCGACAAUGGAAAACUUAGCAAGAAAAAGGUCUUCGAAGACAACGCGACGCAAAAUCAUAGCCCUUUGUAUUCAAGCCCGGCGGACACGAAUAGUUGUGUUACCAAUGUUGUCGAAAUUCCGACAGAAGAGGAACGAAAACCAAAAAAACAUGGUUCUCUUCAACGAGAGGCCAAAGAUUAUCGCGAAAGUACUCAGCGAGGUGGUGCCUUGUUGAAAGACGAUUCUAAAACGCCUGUCAGCCGAUAUGCUCAAUCAACCGGCCUCAAUUCGUUUAAAACAAAGGUUGACAGCGAACCUGUCAAGACGCCGUCUGUUCUUAGCUAUAAACGAAUGUUUGAACAAUCGAAAGCAGAAAAGAACGAUAUCAGUGAUCUACGGAUCGUUAAAGGUACAGAUGACAUGAAAGCUGACGUGAGAAGCGACAAAAGGACUGCAGAAAGUAAAUUAUUCGCUGCUAAUGAUGAAUCACAAUUGCAGACUUUAAACAAAGGUACAGAACACAAUGGUCAGUCAAUUCACAUGGAGAAAUCAACAAGCUUGAACGUGCGCAAAACAGUGCCUUCGAUUUCUCCCAAACCAUUUAAGAAUUUUGUAUCUACACCCCCAUGGUUAAGGAAUAGUUCAACGAAAAGUGUUUCUUUCCCUGCUGGAAAAAACUCUGUCCAGGAAACAAUGGUGGGUAAUAUAAACAAUGAAGUGGAAAACAUCUCAAAAGAUAUUCACAAGUCUGAUCACAAUAGUUUCGUUAUUAAAACCUCUGAUGUUAUGCAGAAGGGAAAAGAAGAUGUAAAUCCAAGUGGCAUGAAAAUACCUGAAAUUACUGCUGAGCCAGUUAGAGAAACACUUGUACAAUCAGAUUACAAGAACAGAGAAUCACCUUCUCUACAAGAUCACUCAGUACAGAUUUUUUCAGUAGUCAAGCAGUCUGAGGUUAAAGAGAAACAGAAAGGUGUCAAAUCUGUCAAAGGAAAUGAGAGUCAAAAAUAUGUAGUCAUCACUAGUGGAAACAGACCAGAAUUUGCUCCUUUAAAUGAGAAAUCGCUAAAUGAUGUGAAUAGAGAUGAUGCCUCACAAGUUCCUAAUGGACAGGAGUCACAAAAGGACAGUCAUGAAUCAAGUGACGAUUAUAAUGCAAGUCAAAGCACUACUGCUUCGUUGCGGAGCCUGUUUGGACCUUCAGCUGGAUUUCGCAGGCACACAUCUUCUGAAGAGAACCUUGCCCUAAAGGUAAAUCAGCCUGAGCCUACUGAGCAUGGUAGUGUUUUACGCAGGCCUGGCCAAAAUAGAAGAACGCAGCCAUCCACAGUCAGGUGGUCAGCAGAUGUUUUAAGUUUGAUGUCCCAACCUAUUGAUGAUGAUGAAGAUGAUGAUAAGUUGAUAAUAUCGCCUCAAAGUGAUUCAAAGAUUCCUUCAUCAACCAAUAGUCAGGCUAAACGACCUCCCCCUCCCACGAAAAGGUGGACUGCAGAUGUAUUAAGUGUGGGGUCCCAAUUGGACGAGAACGAUUUAUCAAAUUUGUCACCAAGAAGUGACUCUAACGGGACUUUCUCACCAAGUUCUAGUCUUGAUAGAGGAAGGUCUUCAUCCCUGACAGACAUUAGAGAAGAACGAGGAUGUGCUUAUUUCCAACAUAAACCAAAUGUCUCCCAAGGCAUAGAACACCGUAUGCACAAGCUAAUUAGAAAGGCUUCUGUAUCAGAAAUCAAUAUAGACCCUGAUGAAAAUGAGUCUGAUUCAGUUAGUGAUGAUGAGCUCUCAGGUUUGAAUGAUUUAGAUCGCAAGUCCAGUGAAGCACCAAAUGUACAUGAAAUCACAGAUCAUGCACUUACUGAUUCAGUAAUUAAAAGUAAAGAUUCUCAGCUAGAUUUAUCCUCAACAGAGCAAGAAAUACAACCUGUAUUUGCAAGAAAACGUAGCAUAUCGCAUGACAUUGAACAACGAGUAAGUGAGCUGUUUCAUUGUCAGUUGUCACAGCAGUCAGAUCAAGAUGGGGCUGAAACUGAUGACAAGAAUAACUUGGAAGAUGAGAGUAACAUUAUCAUUGACCAGGUAGUUGAAAUAGAUCAAAAGUCUGACCGUGAAAAGCUGUUCAAUGGUCCUGCUGCUGUUGAGAAACCAACUGAUUUUGCCCCACCGUCUUCUGAAAAGGCAAGCAAAGAUGAUUGUGAUCAUGUUGUUCAAGAGAGCAAACCAUCAAAAGGCUCAGUGCAUAAGCUGUCUGCUUUGUUUGGUUCAAGUAUUUGGAAAGGAAAUAAGAAAGACAAAAACGGCUUAGAAGAAAAGGCAAAAAUCAAGCCAAGUGUUGAGGUUAAACGUCAAAAGGUUCCAGCAACAGAACAAUCAAGCCAGAAUCAAUUGUUACAGAAGAAGGAAGACAACAAAAAGUCCAAUCUAUUAUCUAAAUCACAGAAAAGGGAGGAAAAGUCAGUGGAAAAGAAGGAGAAAGAUCAGUCUAGUGUUAACCGAUUUCCUUGGCUAAAAAAAUUUAGCAAAAGUGAACAGCAAUAUGAAGGAAGUAAAAUAACAGAUGUUCCAGGAAAGAAACAAAAGAACAAUGGUUCAAGUUCUACUGACACUGCAUCCAUUACUCUGGGUCCGGUACAAAAGGCUGGAGAAUUAGAAGAGGAAACAGCUAGCAGUAAACAUGAAGGGGCAGAAGAGAAGAGUGGAGAAAAUAAAAUCAUCAGUGUUGAGAGCAAAAAUAAAAAGAAUAAUGGUUUUAUUCCUACCACAGAAGGUGUUGAUACUGUGCUUGGUGCAGCUCAUAAUUUGCGACCAGUGCGGAAGCCUGGAAAAGUUGAACAGACACUUGUUGGCAAACUUAAAAUAAUAAGCAAUGCCAGUUACGAGCAAGCACCGCCUAAGGGUGUUUACCACAAACCAAAGUCAAGUGUCCAGCCUCCGCAAGAGGAGAAAAAGAAAUUUCCUGCAGAGGUUCCAGCUAAUUCCAAAGAGGCUAGUUCUAGAAAGGGUGAAACUCAGAUCCCAGUAGUUGUAACACAGCACUGGAAUGGACACCAGGAGAGUCCAGAAUCUGAGAAAAGCAUGAAUGAGGCAGUUCCUGUUUCAUCAAUUGAUGAGGUGCCUGUUUCGGCAAUAGAUAUUCCAGAGUCUGGUGAAAGUGAUGUCAUAGUAUCUGUGAUUGAUGUUCCAUCAUCUCCAGAUGUCCACAAUACUGAGAAGUUCCUCAAUGGCAGUAAUGAUAAGGCAGUUAAUGUUUCCGAUGACAUCAGUGUCUCAGUGAUUGAUUUGCCAUCACCUGUAGCCAAAGAAGAUGAACCAAAUACCUUCCAGGGAGGUUACCUUGAGGCAGAUGAAUUUUCAGAUGAAAGUGACGCAGACGAAGUGGAAGGAAGCUAUGACUUUGCUACUGGAGAAGUCACACAUUUAGUUAACGGUAACAUGGGCUCAGAUGAUGAUGAUGAUGAGGAGGAGGAGGAGGAGGAGGAUGACGAUGAGGAUGAGGAUGUACCUAUAUCAUAUAUUGGAUCAGCACCACAAUACCGGGUUCCGCAAGUGGUGUUUGAUUCAGAACCUGUUGAGUUGAAGUCUUGUUUGAGUCCAAAGACUGCAAGAAGAAAGGUAAGAUCUCACAGUAGUCAUUUUUUGUGUUUUGAUGGAAAUAGUGUCACCUUAGACUGGUAAAAGGCAUCAUUUCUGCUUUAUGCCUUUUAAACUAGCAUGAAGUCUCUGCUCAUUGUUUCUUAAAAAUCCUAUUUUCUAGUUUUUACUAUUAGUGUCUUUGCAGAGACACUACUAAAAUCCUGGGUACAAGCCCAUCCAUCCCCCUGCUAAUAGGCCUGUCUAUAUGUAUCUAUAAAUUAUUAUAUAAAUGAAUACACAAAGAAGGUUGUUUCACUUAUCCUAGAAGUGCUCUAUGCAUACAUAUGCACAGCUAAAUACAGCAUUAAGUAAAGAUUGGACUGAGUGGUGCUGUACAGACAAAUUUUUCAGAGAGACAUUUUAGGCAGUUUCAGACAAGCAUCACCUUUCAAAAGUAAUUGCAUUCUUGACCAUCCCUUUUUAUGUGACUGUAUGUGUUUCAGGUGAAAGGAGGAAAAAUUUCUUUCAAGAAUUCUCCCAUGGUACAUGACUAUCCAUCAGAGGAAGCAGCCAAGGCUAUUUUUGAUGAGCUUGAGGACAACAAUAAUGGGCAGUUAAAAACCCUGCAGAAUUACCAACCAGCAGCACUGGUCAAUAUGGAAAAGAAGUUGGUCUAUACAGUCCAGGGAAGCACACAAUCUGUCAGCAAUAGUGAGGAAAAAGUGCAUGACAGCUUUAACAACAAAAGUGAUCCAGAAAUCAAAUACACAGAUGAUGGACAGGGUUUUACAGAUUCUACUGAUUAUGCAAGUGCACUACUGUUUUAA